UUGCUCUCAACAUCUCCCAUCUCCCUGGAUUUCUUUCUGCCUCAUUAUUCCUGCUAACCAAUUCAUUUCCAGACUUUGCACUUCAGAAGCAAUGGGAAAAAUCAGCAGUCUUCCAACCCAAUUAUUUAAGUGCUGCUUUUGUGAUUUCUUGAAGGUGAAGAUGCACAUCACGUCCUCCUCGCAUCUCUUCUACGUGGCCGUGUUCUUGCUUACCUUCACCAGCUCUGCCACGGCUGGACCCGAGACCCUCUGUGGGGCUGAGCUGGUGGACGCCCUUCAGUUCGUGUGCGGAGACAGGGGCUUUUAUUUCAACAAGCCCACGGGGUAUGGCUCGAGCAGUCGGAGGGCGCCUCAGACAGGAAUCGUGGAUGAAUGCUGCUUCCGGAGCUGUGAUCUGAGGAGGCUGGAGAUGUACUGCGCGCCUCUCAAGCCUGCCAAGUCAGCCCGCUCUGUCCGUGCCCAGCGCCACACCGACAUGCCCAAGGCUCAGAAGGAAGUACAUUUGAAGAACACAAGUAGAGGGAGUGCAGGAAGCAAGAACUACAGAAUGUAGGAAGACCUUCCUGAAGAGUGAAGAAUGACAUGCCACUGGCAGGAUCCUUUGCUCUGCACGAAUUACCUGUUAAACACCAGAAGACCUACCAAAAAAAUAAGUUUGAUAACAUUUCAAAAGAUGGGCAUUCCCCCCAAUGAAAUACGCAAGUAAACAUUCCAACAAUGUCUUUAGGAGUGAUUGUUAAAAGCUUUGCACCUUGCAAAAUGGUCCUGGAGUUGGUAGAUUGCUGUUGAUCCUUUAUCAAUAAUGUUCUAUAGAGAAAAUAUAUAUAGAGAUCUUAGUCCCUGCCUCUCAAGAGCCACAAAUGCAUGGGUGUUAUAUAGAUCCAGUUGCACUACAUUUGUCUCUGAAUCUUGGCUGCUAGAGACAUUCAUUCAGCAGCCUUAUCUAAGUGGUUUAUUAAUUUUUUUAUUUGCACUUCUUUCUACGCAACACAGGCUGUUUGUUUUACAGUGUCUGGUAAUCUUGUUCGUCUAUCCCCCUCCCCCCUUCAUCACCUUUUUAUUUGCCAAAUUUGGCCUCCUCAAUAGCAGCAGCAAGCAGUCAAAUAGAACACCAAUUUUUAACCCACGAGAUUCCAUCUGUGGCAUUUGUACCAAACAUAAGUUGGAUGCAUUUAUUUUAGACACAAAGCUUUAUUAUUUCCACAUCUUGCUAAAAAAAAUUGCAAGUAGUUGCAACUUUGAGGCCAAUCAUUUUAGGCAUAUGUUUUAAGCAUAGAAAGUCUCAAACUCUGAAUGGUUCCUUCAAAUGAUGAGUGAGUGUGCGACCUAAUCAGUACUUCUCUCUUUUUAUUUUUUCCAUAUAAAGCACUAUGUAAAUUUAGCAUGUCAAUAAUACAGGAUGUAUCAAACAGUAUGUAAAACUCUGUUUUUUUAGUACAAUGGUGCUAUUUUGUAGUUUGUUAUAUGAAAGAGUCUGGCCAAAACGGUAAAAGGUGAAAGCAAAUUAAAAGAGGAAGCCUGGAGCCAAAGGUGACACAGAGGGGAAGGGUACUCAAAAUUUAACCAUUUGGGAAAGAAAAGUUCCCCAAUUACGCCUUCCAGAAGAAAUAAGACACAAAGUCCACUGAUGCAAAUUUGAUUGGCGAGUCCAGAGAGGAGUAGAAGAAGCAGAAGGCUAGGAAUUUUAACAGUCCUGGUUUCUUAUUCUCGCUGAAGAAACAAACAUCUGCCGACUCUGUCACGGACUCACCACUCUGUGACCUUGGGCAAGUCACUUCACCUCUCUGUGCCUCAGUUUCCUCAUCUGCAAAAUGGGGGCAAUAUGUCAUCUACCUACCUCACAGGGGUGGUAUGAGGAUUAAAAAGAUAAAGCUCCAGAUUUUUAUCCUGAGUUGCUAUGAGGGCGUCAAGAUCAGAGCCCUUGAGUUGCUGGGAUGCAAGGAAUUCUAUGAACAACUCAUUCACAGCAUAGCUAGAAAAUUGAUAAGCUGAAUGCUCCUGACAUGCCAGUUCUUGUCAGUGAAGCUAUCCAACUAACUAUCCAACUAACUAGUUGUUAAAAGCUAACAGCUCAAUCUCUUUUAAAACACUUUUCAAAAUAACCUAGAAAUAUUUGAUCUGCAAUUUGAUUUUGAAUUCUGCAUUUGGAUUUAUGAAUACAAAGUGAAAAGAGAGGAAAAGAAAAAAGGAGAAAAACAAAGAUUUCUAUCAGCGAAAGGAUGAUUAUUCCAUUUGCUAGCACUUACUGACUCUGCCGGGAAGUUACUAAUAACCUAAUAAUACUUCUUUUAAUAUUAUAAAUGAUACUCUAUUCAUUUUGAAAAACAGUUCUUUCCACUUUUCAAGUAAUCUAAAAAGAGUCCCAAGAUUUCAAAUAUUGAAAUAAUAACUAAUAAAAUGUCACAAAUUUACUUUCUUUAAUGAAUUUUGUUCUUAUCCUUGGAGAUACUGAUAUAUACAUAUAUUUUUGGUUAAAGUAUGCUUGACUAGAAUUGCUAGUUGAAAGACAAACAUUUCCUUCACAGCUAGAAAUUUUCCCUCAUGUCUGCUUAGAAGAGUGGCCUCUAGUCCUCUGUGGAUGUGUCUUAUCCAUUCAACUGAAAACUGGUAUCAAGAAAAUCCAAUGAUGAGGACAGGUCCAUGCUGACCUAGAAAAUAUUUCCUGUCUACAUAUCAAGAUUUUCUUAUUAAAACAAUGAAUCAUCCAUCAUUCAGAUCUUUUUAUCUGCCUUAGAACUUUUUGGUGAAAAGCAACCAGGCUUGAUUAUUCCAUGCAAACUAUAUCCCUUUUAUUCUUGGAGAGUGUACAUGCAAAACAAAAAUAACAUCUUUAGUCUUCAUCCCACUGGUUCACCUCAAGGUUCAGAGGCCAGAAAAAAACAAGAUUUCCUGGAUCUCCGAACAUAUGCAAAAAGAAAGCCUAUUUAAUGGACACCUCUGGUCAGCCAACUAGUAUUUUAACCUUAGUCCACAGUGUUAUUUGAAUUUAGCACCCCUGGCAUGCAGAGCUAUGUUCUGAUCACUGUGGACAGAUGUAAAAGAAACCAUAGGUAAUUUUGCCCUUCAUCUGUCUUCUAGACAUAUGGGUUCUAUGGAAUGAGAUGCUAGACCCAUUUUCCCAAAAUGGCACUCUGAUUUUUAUUUCUUAUUCCUAGUGUGUACCUUUUAAAAUUACUAUAAACAACGCUUUACAUGCAACCUUCUGCAGACCUGUAAGUUUCCAGACAUAGUUGAAUACGGUAACUCUAAGAGUGUCUAUGACUUAUUUCAUUCACUUAAUAAUUCCGUUCACAGCAAAAAAUACCCCAGUGAGGAAAGCUUACAUAUGUGAAGUCAUAUUACCCUUCUUAACUUUUUCUAGUACAUAGUCCUUUCCAACUGUAUCAUAAAUUAGCUAAUUAAAAAUUAACUAAUUAUACUAACCCACUAUCUUAUUUUCAAAUGAUUUAAAACUAGAAGACAAAUUGCUGUCAACUCCAGAAGUCAGCUGAUCACUAUAUGCUACAGCAGAACGACCUGGUACUGACAGAAGGAAGCACAUAAAAUCUUACAACUCAAAACUCUAUAAGCUUUGCUUUAGAAUUUUGAGAUGAGGCAAUAUCAAGACGUUUAUGAAAGAGCUAUAAAUACUGGUAAGAAUGAGCUUUUAAUUUAUGGGUUGAUUUCCAGUUUAAUUGACAACACUGAAUACCUAGGUCAAAUUUCCAUUCCCACUUCCCCAAAUAGUAUAAUUGUAUUAUUCGAACAUUUUAAGAUGAGGAAGCUCCACUGAAAAAGUUAAAGCAUCUUUCCAUCAGAAUCCACUCUUCUAGAGAUAAAGAAAAACUC